CCAACAUCAUGCGUGAGUAGGUAUCGCGCAUCGGCUGCGGAUCAUCGCUCGAUCGCCUCGAGCUUAGUCAUCGGUCGCGAGUGAUCGCACACCUAUACACAGGCGGUAUGCGCGCACGACACCCGACCAAGACGACGUAGUCGCCGUGCGAUUAACAAAAUAAGUCACUGCUGCACAAAUUGAGAUUUCUGGAAUACGUACGUACGUGUAUACGUAGCAGCACCAGCAGAUGGGCGGCUGUGAAACACGGCAUAAACGCAGGCUAUAAAUACAUCAACGAAUGAAGAGCAUCGGCGUCGAGUAUGUGUGCGAGCAGCACAACGGGUGAGUCAGGCCGAAAUUAUGGUCAACGCUUCAACCGAGCCAGCUGCGGCUGCGGCGCCUCUGCAGCAGUCUUGCGCCGCAGAGCAGCCCGCGAGCAGCGCGGAUAAUUUUGUCCUUCGUCGCGACGCCAACAACAAAGCCAACGCGCUUGGAUUUUCCCUCUUCAGAUGGUUCAAGAGGCACGACGCCGCCGCCGCCGCCGAGCACCAACGCACUCGCAAUAGGCAACACUUCUUUCGCCGACCCAAGAGAAGACCGUCGACCUCGAGUAUCGACACUUUUUACAGUACCGCGACCGUGAGGAGUUUCGCUUUUCAUAGCGGUGUGCAUCGCGAUGUCGGGGAUGGCCUACUGACGCUCGAGCACUCGAGUCGGGCCGUGGGUCCUUUUGCGCCGGGUGCCGUGAAAUUAGCCGGUGAAAAGCUCAACACUACGUCCACUUGUACCUUGCCUACGGACUUUUCCCAUAGGCAGGAUAUACAGACGAGAUACGCCCUUCAUCCCGUUGUGAUAAGUUCGUUCGUUUCUUGCGACAGUAUACCGAUUGCGAAAUCUGCCUCGAAUCCCGAAAGGUUUGUGAAAGCUCACGACGAGGUGCGAAAUGUUGAAUCUGUGGAAGACGUUGCCGGAGCCUUAACUCCGAGUACUUCGGCUACUUCGACAGCGAGAAAAAAAGUCCACGUUAAAGGUAAGCGGAAAGCACCGGACCCACCUGUUACAGUGAGUCAGCCGAGGGUCGAGUUGGACGUGGCUGGAGCGAUCGUGAGCGACAAACCUCGACGAGGAUCCGGAGUGCGACGCGAACGUAGACCCGCUCCGAAACCACCCGGUUACGGGGGACGAGCCAACGACAAGGGUACUUUGUCCUCUGAGGCGUCCUACAACGACAUGGAUUCUGUACUCAUACUUCAAGACUUUCAGACCAUAAGUAACGAUACUUUGGUACUGCGCAGAGGAGUCUUGUUGUCGAAAAAGGAUCUGGAAAGCAAUGCGGAUACAUCGAAACAGGAAUCGAUCCCCAAAGUAGGUAUUAUCAUGCCUCGACCUUGGUACAAACGUAACGAUGGUUCACGCGAAUCAUCCAUCAAAAGAGGCAAUGGCGACGUGCUUAGACAACUUCCUUCGCCAACCAAGCUGGAGCCUGUAAAAACCGCUGAGAACGCAGCUUCAGCUUCGAAUUCAUUCAACUUUGAAAAUUCUCUUCACAAACUGGGCUUAUUAAAUCGCGACAACGAUAAAAAGACGAACAAGGAGAGUAAACGAGUCUCGAUAUUAACGAACAUAAGUGAACUAGACAGGGAGGCCGCGGCGAUAGUCCGAGAAGAGCAGGCCAGACACCGAGCCUCGCUUAUACUGCAAGCUGUCAGAUUGAACGACGAGUUCAAGAGACGAAUGGAGGACAACGAGGACAUUGUUCAGGAAAUAGUGAAUGCUUCGAUCGACGCCUCGCCUAGAAGAACGACGCGAGCUCUCAUGCCUAGAUUCAAUGGAUUCGGCAGUAUCACGAGGUCGGGAAUGUUUAAAAAUCAUGGCUCACCGAAAACCAAAGCCAAGAGAUUUAGCCAAGAAUGUUCAAAGGAAACAAAAACCGAUGACAGGAUGAAAAAAGAGAUGGAUAGGUAUUUCCCCCCAGCUAGGGCUUCUCAUUGGGAGGAUAGUGCGAUUUUUACCGAAAUAGUUCAACCGUCCAAGUGUCACAGUAGGGACGAACAAAACAGAGGAAAUGUAACAAAUAUACCAACGAUUAUCGAUACAAGACCUAUUCCGGCAGUGGCAGAUAUUAGGACGAUUCAGACGAUUAUCGAUGCUCGACCGAUACCUAAAGUGGCAGACGUCAAACCACUACCCCUGGUUUCCGAGAUUGAUACACCAACCGACGUGAAAACUGAAAAAAGUAACAUAGAACUUAUCAAAUCUUUGGCUGCUGAAUUAGACGAUGUAGCGAUGGGAAUCGCAAGAUUGAGACGCGAACUCGAUGACAGGCCGGGAAUGAUAGAAGAAGCAAUAGCUGAUCGUGAAAAAGCUACCACACACAGAAGUCAGAGUCCGGAGUACGUCAAAUUUGAUGCAAAAAGUGAAAUUUUAGCUAAAACAGACAGCGGUGUACCAAGCAUACCAAGCAUUUCCGAACAAGUUGCCAAGGUGGUUGAAAUUUUAGCGAACGCCAACACAGGUAUCGGCGCUGUCACCAAAUCUGAUACACCCGAGGGUGCAAAAUCUCCGAAAAAAGUUUCAUCAGCCGUUCAAACUAGCGGCAAAGUGCGUCAAGUGGCUAACGAGGGACCGCCCUUACCACCCAAGGGCCGAACGGAAGGCGAUCGAGCAGUCAAGCUGGAGAAGAGCCCAGAUAACGAUUUCGUUAAUGCGAUGGAGAAAUCACUGUACGCAAAUGCCCGGCCAAGCUCGUCGUCGAAAGAAGAAGAAACGUCGAGGAAGAAGAUUGAUUUGCGAUCGGCGAUGGAUAGCGGAGCGACUGGCGCUGCUUUUCCGGACUCUAGACAGCGGCACGACGACGCCCUCGACGAGUCGGAAGAGACAAAUCGGCGCUUCAUGAACACAAUAGCGGUUAAUCGAUCGCUGAGGAAGCUCGAGGCGGCUAUAGCGUCGGGCAAUCACCGUCAAGCUGCCGUCUUGGCUAAAGAAUUGGCGCAGUUAAGGAUUCAAUGCUGCGUCGUGAGACAAAUAUCCAACCAAGCCAAAGAAAAACUCAAUCUCAAUCUGUACAUAGAGGACAAACAAGCGCAGCAAGGACCUAUACCCGUACAGCUCGCAGCCGAUACGACCGUGGAGCAGUUGAAAAUUAAAAUACACACUGAAUUCGAGAUUCCGGGCAACGUUCAGCGCUGGAUUAUUGGCAGAAAUUUAGCUGACAAUGACAAAUCGACGAUAGAGGAGCUGCAGGCAGUCGAAGGAUCCUCGAUAUUUCUAUACAUAGUUGCACCGCAAGAGCCGCGAGAUGAGGAGACAAAAACAAAGGAGAAGAGCCCGGAGAAAGACGAAGGAGUUCAAAUAGUCGAGAUAAUCGAUGAAAAUUAUGAUGAACAAAUUUUUCAAGCCACCGAAAAAGAAGACGAGGAAACUGAAGCCGAACUGGAAACGAUGCCCGAGCCGCAAGCUCGUCAACAGGAGUCGGAGAUAAUUUUACCGGAAGAAAAGCUGAAAAGAUACGAAGAACUAAUACACCUAGAAAACUGUGGCAUAAUCACGAACAAAGAACCCAUCGAGUGUCCCGUUUGUUUCAUGAUAUGCGGGCCCGAAGAGGGAGUCAUAUUAAGAAACUGUCUUCACUCGUUUUGCAGGUCGUGCGCCGCCAGCACGGUGCGCUAUUGCGAGGAGGCCGAGGUGAAGUGUCCCUACCGAGACACGGACUACACGUGCGACUUCGUGCUCCAGGAGCGGGAAAUCAAAGCCCUCGUAUCGGCGGAGGUGUACCAACAGCACUUGGCCAAAUCCAUUGCUCAAGCGGAGAACAAUGCCGGCGACGCGGCCUUUCACUGCAAGACGCCCGACUGUCCGGGCUGGUGCAUUUACGACGACAACGUCAACAACUUCCUGUGUCCGGUCUGCCGCGCUAAUAAUUGCCUCACCUGCCAGGCUAUUCAUUUCGGGAAAAAUUGCCGACAAUAUCAGCAAGAGCUCAAGUAUGCGAACAUAGGCGAUCACGAGUCACGUAGAACUGCGGCUAUGCUCGACGAGAUGGUCGAGCGAGGCGAAGCCCUACCGUGUCCCACUUGUGCCGUCGUGCUCAUGAAAAAAUGGGGUUGUGACUGGCUUCGCUGCUCCAUGUGCAAGACCGAGAUAUGCUGGGUCACCAGAGGUCCGAGAUGGGGACCCCGAGGCAAAGGAGAUACCUCGGGUGGCUGUCGAUGUGGAGAAAACGGUGUCAAGUGCCAUCCGCGUUGUAAUUACUGUCACUAGUCUUAUAAUCGCGAUAAUACUCGAAUGCUUGUACUUGAAGUUAAUAUUUUAAGCCGUGUAGGAAAAUAAAAUAAUACAUUUAUAAGGGCCUAAU